CAAAAGCAUUGCUGUAAUUGCACGUGCAUGCAGUCAGCAUCACAUGUCCCGCUGAGCAGCUGUAAUAUUGCAUUGUAUCAAUGCAUUCAAUUUGAGGCUCCGUGUUACGGUGGCUCUCUAUUUCGCUCGGAGUCGGGUGCUCCCCAUUUUACCAUUAGAACCCCGGAGGGAUGUUGUGCACAUGCGCGUUGGGCAAUCUACCGGAGCGCGCAGAGGUAGCGAACGGAGCCCUAAUGGCGGAGAAUGUACGCUCGCCCUUUGACUACCGCGAGCCGCCGACCCUCGACAGCGACGGGGAUGGGAGCAAGCCGCCGCCGCCGCGCGGCCGCGUGUGUGGGAGAAAAAGGAAGGGGACACCUGUGAAGGUGUGUGACCGAGUGUAUGUAACAGAAGAUGAGGAGGAGGAGAGCAUGUCGGAACACAGCUACAGCCCUGGUGAGGGCCAGUACCCAGAGGGUGCAGAAGACCGUCUCGCUCCACCUGGUAGUCCCUACUACCUUCCCGAUCCCGCUCAGCUCUGUGUGCCAGAGUUGGGGGAGGAAGGGGCGAGUGGCGUCCGGGGGCCUGUGCUCUUCCAUCCGCCACCCAACUGCCGCAUUCGAGAGGUCCACUGUGGCACGCAGGUACGGCUUGUUGUCAUAGCGAUUCGAGACAUCGCCAAAGGGGAGGAGAUCACAGUGGACUACAGCCUGACAGACUGGGGCGAGAAUGCAAUGGAGGACGAGGCCGGCCCCCACCCACUGUCCCUCUCCGUUUCUGAUUAUCUCACCCCCUCCUGGUCGCUAUCACCCUCAUCCUCCCCGCUCACCCACUCUGAACCCAGUGACUCUGAUCGCGAGGAGGACGAAGAGGAGGAAGAUGACGACGAUGACGACGACGACGAAGAAGAGGAAAUCGAGGAAAUACGGGGCCGAAUGCUGCGCCGCCGCAAGAAGCGCAAGUUGCCAGCUGCUGUCAAUUCCAAGAAGAAGAGCGAACCCACGCCCUCCAGAGGACCUGGGCGCCCGUGUUCUUCUUUUUCCCGCCCAGCACCUGUUGCACCACCGGUCAGAUCCCAGUCCCAGCCUCCCGCCAGCACCCUGGCUCCCCCCACCACCAACAUCAACAAUAACAUUAACAUAAACAUCGGCAGCUCCAGCGGUGCCACAGUGAGCCGCCGGCAGCACUGCCCGUACUGUGGGCGUCACUAUCGCUCUCUGGCGCGCCACCUGGAGAAACACCACGCUAACCAGCCUGAGGUCAGAACGGCCAUGGAGCUGGCACACCUCCACCCACACAGCUCUUCAAACGGCGGCGCCCCGCACCCUCAACCCUCAUCGUCCUCCACCUCCGCUACUCAGAGUCAUUCCUUCGCUGUCCCUCAGCCUUCGGCCUCGAACCCUCCACCGCCCCCUCUCUUCUCCAGGGAGAGGGAAUCGCCAGCUACUCGCUCGAGCACGGGCGCCGUCUCUUUCUCACUCUCGCUUUCGCCGCCUGCUUCGGGUCAGCCCGCGGCCACCAAGAAGGGGCCGAGCUUAUCGCUGCCCGCCACAAAACGCCCUGCGGCCCCAACAGUGUCCAGGGUCAAGAGUCCAUCGCCGCCUCCCCCAACAACUCCCAGGAGGGGUCGUAGGCUGAAGAGAGAAAAGCAAGAAGAGCAGCAGAAGGUGGAAGUGGAGAGCCCAAGAAGUCAAGAAGAGCUGGUUCCACCUCCCACGCCGGAGCCAGACAUAGAUCCAGAAGAAGAGCUGGAGCUGAGUGGAGAAGGAGAAGAGGAUGCUGCAGAGGAGAAGAAUGGAGAGAUUAUAAGCACACAAAGACAUCACAUGUCCCCGCUGCUCUCCUCCCUCUCUUGUCUGGUCCUCUUUCUCCGCCGUCAGCAGCACUCCUCUUUCCUGUCUCUAACCCGCUCUCCUCACUCUGCCGAGGCCUGGCGCCUGCUCUGCCAUUCCAGCCUUUCCCUGCUCAUCCUGUACAACCGCCACCGUGAAUGUGAGAUGGCUAAACUCACCAUUCAGGACUAUCGCGACCGCACAACCCCACAGGCCGGCCCCAGCACCAGCGCCCCCACUGGCACGGAAGCCCUCCUGUCCCCCUUUGAGCGCCAGGUCCUCUGUCAUCUCCCGCGGGCUAGUGUUUUAGGCAAGCGAGGCCGGGUCCAGCCGCUGAUUCUCCCGCCACACUGCGAGUCCUGUCUGGACCUGCUUCUUCAAACCAGCCCCAAUGUGGGUGUUGACCCAGAGAGCCCUUACGUCUUUUCCAGGCCGUACCACUCUCCUGCCACCCCUCUCCGGGGCACGGACCUCCUGAGGAACCUGGCGCGAGCCAGUGGGGCCAAGAACCCGAGCGCCCUGACGGCAACGCGGGUGCGCCGACAGGUAGCCAUCCUUACCCAGCUAAUACUUUUAGAGGAGGGUGAGGGUCAGGUCGGAGCAACCAAACGUUUGGAGGAGUUCCUGGAGCGAGAGUACCAUGUGACCCAGAACUGCUCCGCUAUCAUACGUGAUCCAGCUCUCAUGGGUCGUGUGGGUCGUGUGGUCCUUUAUGGAGAGAGGGAAGGUGUACUUUUCAGAGGGAUGAGCCUGCAGCACAUCUGCCUUGAGUUAGAUGUGAUGUCUGGAAACUCAGGGGAGUCCUUUUCAGAAGAUUCCGAGGCAGAAGAGGAGAAGGAGGAAGUGAAAGAGAAGCCUGAGGUGGUGGUGAAGAAGAAGGGACCAGGACGACCGCCAAGGAAGAGGAGGGCACCCAAUCCUUCGGCAGUCAGCCCAUCGAUAGCCACUGUCCAUAAGAGGCGAUGUAUUCCACCCAAAUCAGGGAAGCGUGGUGUGCUGAAGCGUCCCUGGUCAGAGGCGGAGCGUGUAGCAGUGGAGACUCACCUGAAGAGGAACCUCAUGGAGCUGCGCGUCCCGGCGAAGGCGGACUGCGAGCGCUGCCUCGAACUCUGCCCCCUGCUGGUGAGCAACAAGCGGGACUGGAGGUCGAUCAAGUUUUACGUCCACAACCGCAUCCAGCUGCUAAAGAAGCAGGGGAGGAGGGAAGGCGCUGCUGCAGUUUGCUAGAGCUCAAAAAACACACAGACAAACAAGAAAACAAACAAAGAUGUGCGCAGAGGACACAUACCAUGAUGUAUAAACCACCAGCAAACACAACUGAAGAUGAAAAAACUCUUGGCCAUGGUGGAGAGCAUCUUCUGAAGUUAGGUGCUUUUCCCAGUCUCAUCACCUUGGUCAUAAGGGAGAAGUGUAAUAAAGUGACUAAGCUAAGAAACAGAUGCGUUUGCUCCAGUGGAGGAUCGUUCGUGUUGGGAUCCCCAGUGUCUGUCUCUGAGGUGUAUUUUUAAGUGGUCCGACAAGAUGUACUUGUAAGUGUGAAAAUGAGUUCAGACAUCGUGAAUGGGAUUUAAUUUUUUUUUUUUUUAUGCCAUUUUACUAUUCAUUAGAAGAUAGUUGACAGUGGAGUGGAGACUGCCUGGAGAUAUGGAGAGAAGGCGGCGAACAUACAACGAAGGAGUGAUGCGGUAUGCGCUGUAGACCUCAUGCUACAACAGUCGGUCCUUCCUGUAGCAUUCACUUCCACAGAACGCUGAUGACCAAACGUGACUUUUUAAAAGCUUUGAAGGAAGAAACCAAUGGUUCUGAUGGUUGAAAACCUCCACAGAACACUUCAACACUGCGACGUGUAUGAACUUGUAUAGUUUGUGUUUGAUAUCGACCCGCCCCGCCCCCACGGCCGCCCGACUGUCAAGUGUAUUUAAAAAAAGUAUUCCUCAAAGUCUUGGACCAUAACGCACAGGUCUGUGAAUUGGUUCUUGCAUACCUCUUAACGUGGUCGUACUCAGACCUGUAUGUAUCAAGGCACGCCUACUUGAAUUUAUUGCGUAUAUGAGAAUAUCCAAACACCUUUGAUCUCAGAAUCAACAUACGGACGUAUUCACAAUGUAAAUACUUCCUAAUCUAUGAAAAGUAUACAGCAGUGAUGACAAAGUUAGUAUUGUGUUAUGGUGUACAUACUGUAAAUACUAUCUGUACUAAUUAAAAGUGUACGACAUUU